AUGACCAGGCCCAAGCCUCUCCACUGGCUGCUCGUGGGAUUCGGAACAGUCCUGGUCACAGUUCGAAUGUCGCAGCAGAGACUCCAGAACAUGGUGUCGGACCUCUCCCAACGGAUUCCAGCUUGGAACUACUCAGGUGUCGAGGAAGUAGCACGCGGUACAUCGGAGUCGCCGGAGGUCAAGUCGGUUUCGACUACCGGGGCAUCGAGUUCGACGUCUGCGCCAGACGUAGGUCGAGCUACAGAGGAGGACCUUGCCUGUGGUCACUUGCCCAUCGACGAUUGGGAUGAGGGCCAGCCAGGUGAACUCUUUAAAGUGGUGCUGCUGGGAGCGGAUGCUGGAGGAGGAGCUCGAUUCGGCAACGAGCUCUUCGUCGCUGCUGUGUCCCUUAUCACAGCGGUAAGGACAGCACGGCCCGUCCUUCUCCGAAGGGACGCGAUCGGUGAUACGAGGCAUACACAGAUCUCGCAGUUGCCCUGCUUUCGCUCCAGCGGACAUCUGGCACCGAAGCUGCUGGAGUUUUGCGGUGGUUGUCGAGCUGAUCGCCUCUGGGAAGACAGGAGCGCUUCCUGCAACAGGGGCCGUGGCUGCUUCCAGCAGCUCCAAGCCAAGAAGAUGAUCCUGGAUCCUGGCAGCGGGGGCUUUCACCAGGAUUUGUCGGAGUGGCGCGAUCCGCCACUGAAGUGGCGUCCCCUGCUCCAGCAGGUCUUCCACACUCCGAUGCCAAUGCUGCAGGCGCCAGUCGCUCUGCCUCAUGCGGCCGACCUUGUUAUGUAUUUCCGGCCCUUCAGGAGGAAGCAGGUGUUCGACGUCUACAACUCCGACGGCAGGCUGUCGGCGCCGCCGUUCGCCUUCUUCCAGUGGGCAGCAGAGAUGCACCGGCGCGUCGAACCAGAUGGCAAGCUGUGGGUCCUUGCGGAUCCCUCUCUGCGCCCGCACCCCACCGUGGUGCGGCUGGUCGAGGAGUUGAAAGCCGAGAUUUUCAUUGGCAUGGACCAGGUUCCUAAACAAGCUUGGUUGGGGGACUUCGUGUGGCUGCGCGCGGCCACCAAAGUUGCGAUCUCUCCCAGCACUUUUGCAUGGUGGGCUGCUUUUCUCGGCGAGGCCUCCAAAGUGUUCGUACCGCUUCUGCCUGGCCAGGUGCCCAUGCCCUGGUGCAUGCUUUUUCCGGAGGAUCCCCGGUAUCUGUUCUACGAUUUCUGGAACAACGAGUCCUGGUCGGAGGCCGUUCCGGCGCGGCAGCGCUGCCGCGACUUUGCCAAGUGCACCGAGGGCAGGUGCCCUUUGAAAGCGUCACCCGAGGAGCUUGCGAAACGUUUCUAUCCGGAGGUCUGGGCCCUUGAAAGCGAGGUGGCCGGGACCGGAAGUAUGUCGCUGCCCGGAGUGCGAGUCAAAGCGACGAAAAUGCACUCGGCUUACCGUGUUCCCAAAGGAGGGACACACCUGCGACAGCCGCGGUCCACCGUGGCCUCGUCCUUCCAGGAGGGAUGCCUGCAGCAGGAGCGUCCGUGCCCUGAGGUCAACUUCACGAGAUCUGCAUGGUACAAUGCCAGAAAAGGGCCGAAGAACAAGGAAGCCUUGGCCAAGCACAUGGAGUGCUGCCACGCCAUCAAGCGGUCGCAGAAGGCCUGGGCCAGGACUGCUGAUCUGCUGGACGGCAACUGGUACUUCAAGCACUGUGCGUUCGCACCACUGCCUUUCGAGCCCCUGGCUGAAUGGCUACUGCGCGCCUUCCGCAGACGCGGAGAGCCUGUGGAGGAGGCCACCGAAGCGGACGCAAAGGAGCCUGAGCGGCAAGCAGAGCCUCCUGCCGGCCCCGCGAGUUUCCUGUAG